CCGAGCCGGGCCGGGCCGGGCCGUGGCGGCGGGGACCCACUAGCUGCCUUUCUUUUUCGCUCAGUUACUCCCUCGCUUUUUCACUCGGGACGGCGCCCGAAACUCGGCGGCGGCCGCGGGCCCUGAGGGUUCUUUGGAAGCAGGUUGUGUAUCAUUGUGAACAAUGGCGCCCUUCUUACGGAUAUCUUUCAACUCAUUUGAGCUGGGACCUGUACAGAAUCAAGGGGAACAACUGCAGCCUUUCUGUGCUAUCAAGAUGAAGGAGGCAUUGACUACAGAGAGAGGAAAAACUCUAGUUCAGAAGAAACCUACCAUGUAUCCAGAAUGGAAAUCAACCUUUGAUGCCCACAUUUACGAAGGACGAGUGAUUCAGAUUGUUCUGAUGAAGGCAGCAGAAGAGCCAUUAUCUGAAGUGACUGUAGGUGUGUCGGUCCUGGCAGAGCGGUGCAAGAAAGGCAAUGGCAAAGCAGAAUUCUGGCUUGACCUGCAACCUCAAGGGAAGGUGCUGAUGGCUGUGCAGUACUUUUUGGAAGAUGCAGACUGCAAACAGUCGAUGAGGGAAAAUGAGGGGACAGUGACUAUAAACAGGAGAGGAGCUAUCAAGCAAGCUAAGAUCCACUACAUCAAAAAUCAUGAAUUCAUUGCUACCUUCUUUGGACAACCUACAUUUUGUUCUGUCUGCAAGGACUUUGUGUGGGGACUCAACAAGCAAGGAUACAAAUGUAGGCAAUGCAAUGCUGCUAUUCAUAAGAAGUGCAUUGAUAAGAUCAUUGGGAGGUGUACUGGCACUGCGGCCAACAGCAGGGACACAAUGUUUCAGAAGGAACGUUUCAACAUUGACAUGCCUCACCGCUUCAAGGUUUACAACUACAUGAGCCCUACCUUCUGUGACCACUGUGGCAGCUUGCUGUGGGGGCUGGUCAAACAAGGACUCAAAUGUGAAGAAUGUGGGAUGAAUGUGCACCAUAAAUGCCAGAAGAAGGUGGCAAACUUAUGUGGAAUAAACCAGAAGUUGCUAGCUGAAGCUUUAAAUCAAGUUAGCCAGAAAUCUACACGAAGGUCUGAUUCUGGAUCUGUAGAAAGUGUGGGAAUUUAUCAAGAUUUUGAUAAGAAACCUAGAACUCCAGGAGCCCCGUUUCCAUUAGCAGAUAGUAGCGAGUACGAUAAACUCUGGGAGGGAAGCACAGCCAAGACAGCAUCACGGAUCACGAGCAGGAGGAAAUUCAACAUCGACAGCUUUGUCUUCCUCAAGGUUCUGGGGAAAGGAAGCUUUGGGAAGGUUCUGCUGGCUGAGCUGAAAGGGAAGAAUGAAUUCUUUGCAAUCAAAGCUCUGAAAAAAGAUGUGGUGCUCAUUGAUGAUGAUGUGGAAUGUACCAUGGUGGAAAAGAGGGUCCUGGCACUUGCAUGGGAGAACCCAUUUCUCACACAUCUUUACUGCACCUUUCAGACAAAGGAUCAUCUGUUCUUUGUUAUGGAGUUCCUGAAUGGGGGAGACCUGAUGUUCCACAUACAAGACAAGGGGCGUUUUGAUCUCUACAGAGCAACGUUUUAUGGAGCUGAAAUUUUAUGUGGACUGCAAUUUCUUCACAGCAAAGGCAUUAUUUAUAGAGACCUAAAACUGGACAACGUGAUGCUUGAUAAAGAGGGCCACAUCAAAAUAGCUGAUUUUGGUAUGUGCAAAGAAAAUGUUGUUGGUGACAACAAGGCAAGCACUUUCUGUGGGACCCCAGACUACAUUGCUCCUGAGAUCCUGCAGGGUUUGCGGUACACGUUCUCUGUGGACUGGUGGUCCUUUGGGGUCCUGCUGUACGAGAUGCUUAUUGGACAGUCCCCUUUCCAUGGGGAUGAUGAAGAUGAAUUGUUUGAGUCAAUUCGAGUGGACACCCCCCACUACCCACGCUGGAUUACCAAGGAAUCAAAAGAUAUAUUAGAGAAGCUAUUUGAAAGGGAUCCAACAAGACGACUUGGGGUCACUGGUAACAUCAGAGACCAUCCUUUCUUCAAAACUAUCAACUGGACAGCACUAGAAAAGAGGGAGGUGGACCCCCCUUUCAGGCCAAAAGUGAAGUCAGCAAGUGACUACAACAACUUUGACAGAGAAUUUCUGAGUGAGAAGCCAAAACUCUCCUACAGUGACAAAAACCUGAUCGAGUCCAUGGAUCAGUCUGCAUUUGAUGGAUUUUCUUUUAUUAACCCUAAAUUUGAACAGAUCUUGGACAAAUAG